UGGAGGGGCCUGUGCCCCGGGGGGCAGUCCCUGCCUGAGCAGACGCGUCCCCGCUGCGCCCUACCCCUACCAUUCUUAUUACCGGGGCUCCCGCAUUCACCGACACCGCAGCAGACUGCUCAGCCAUACCAACCUUAAGAGGAUCCAGACUGUACACGUGGGGAAGCAUGGGCUCGGAUAAGCGUGUAAGUCGCAGUGAGCGCAGUGGAAGAUAUGGGUCAGCGUUUGAUAGAGACGAACGUGAUGACAGAGUCUCCAGAAACAGACGUAGAGAAUCUAAUGAGUACAAGAGAUACCGUGACGACCGCGAUGAUCGAUACGAUGAUUACAGGGAUUAUGACAGCCCUGAUCGAGACAGAGAUCGUGAAAGGAGAAACAGCGACCGCUCAGAAGAUGGCUACCAUUCUGACAGUGAUUAUAUGGACCACGACUAUCGCAAUGACUAUUACAUGGAUGAAAAGGAGAGCAAGACCAUUAUGCUGAGAGGUCUCCCUAUAAACAUUAGUGAAAGUGAUAUUCGGGAAUUGGUGGAGUCCUUUGAAGGGCCACAGCCUGCGGACGUGAGGCUGAUGAAACGUAAAACAGGUUUAAGCCGCGGUUUCGCCUUCGUGGAGUUUUAUCACUUGCAAGAUGCUACCAGCUGGAUGGAAGCCAAUCAGAAGAAGCUGGUGAUCCAGGGGAAAACCAUCGCUAUGCAUUACAGCAAUCCCCGCCCCAAAUUCGAGGACUGGCUGUGUAACAAGUGUGGCCUCUACAACUUUCGCCGAAGACUAAAAUGCUUCCGCUGCGGGGCAGCCAAGACAGAUUCUGAUAUGGAAGCACUUUCAGGAGCCUCAGAGUCGCUGCAGUCUGCUGACUACUACAGUGACAGUGGCUAUGUAUCCUCAGCCAUAAUCCUCCGGAACAUCGGGCCACACACUGUGGUGCAUUCCAUCCUGGCUGCCCUGGCUCCAUAUGUUUCACUUGUGAUCAGCAACAUCCGGCUCAUCAAAGACAAGCAGACCCAGCAGAACAGAGGGUUCGCCUUCGUCCAGCUGCCUUCUGCACUGGAAGCCUCGCAGCUCCUGCAGAUUCUCCAGACUCUACAUCCACCUCUCAAAAUUGAUGGGAAGACAAUCGGGGUCGAUUUUGCCAAAAGUGCUAGAAAGGAUCUUGUGUUGCCGGAUGGAAACAGAGUCAGCGCAUUUUCUGUAGCAAGCACAGCCAUUGCAGCGGCUCAGUGGUCUUCUACACAGGCUCAGCAGAGCGGGGAGGGAGCAGAAUAUGGAUAUGCACAGCAAGGACAAGAAGGAUACACACAAGACAACCAGCAGUUUUAUACGCCUCAGAGUGGGGGCGCUGAACAGGGCACAGCUGCAGCAGAGGGUGCCACCCCUGCCACCGCAAGUACCAGCGCUGCAGUAGUGUGUCAGAGUCCGCAGCUCUACCAGCAACCUGGCUCUCCGACACAGCCCAGCACCAGUGCCACGUCCAGCUCCGCACCCAGCACCAGUACAAGCACCGAAGAGGCUGCUCCUCCAAAUGCCAUUAUACCGGGGGCAAAAUAUUCUGUUCCAGACACGUCCACAUAUCAAUACGAUGAGUCUUCUGGAUACUACUAUGAUCCACAAACUGGUCUUUACUACGAUCCUAAUUCCCAGUAUUACUACAACUCCCUAACGCAGCAAUACCUGUACUGGGAUGGGGAGAAGCAAACCUACCUGCCAGCUGCGGAAGGGGCAACACAGAGCGGAACUCAGGCAAAUGGUGCUACCACCAGCGGCACUAAGGAGGGAAAGGAGAAGAAAGAGAAGCCAAAAAGCAAGACAGCCCAGCAGAUUGCAAAAGAUAUGGAGCGCUGGGCAAAGAGCUUGAACAAACAAAAAGAGAACUUCAAGAACAGCUUCCAGCCCCUGAGUGCCCGUGAUGAAGAGCGGAAGGAGUCUGCAGCAGCAGAUGCCGGCUUUGCCUUGUUCGAGAAGAAGCAAGGAGCGUUGCUGGAGAGGCAGCUGUUUCCGGAGAUGAUGAUGAUGAUGGCCGCUGAGGAGGAAAAGCCUCCCAAGCGGGCACUGGUGGCAGCUUACAGUGGUGACAGUGAUAAUGAAGAGGAACCAGAGCGGCUGCAGGGAAUGGUCGAUGAGGAGAAACUAACAGACUGGAAGAAAAUGGCCUGUCUGUUGUGCCGUAGGCAGUUCCCUAACAAGGACGCUCUAACGAGACACCAGCAGCUGUCUGACUUACACAAGCAAAACCUCGAUGUGUACAGGCGAUCGAAGCUGUCUGAGCAGGAUCUGGAUGCCCUGGAGCAGCAUGAACGAGAGUCUAAGUACAGGGACCGGGCGGCAGAGAGACGGGAGAAGUACGGCAUUCCGGAGCCACCAGAGCCCAAGCGGAAGAAACAGUUUGAUCCCACUGUGGUGAACUAUGAGCAGCCCACCAAGGAUGGCAUCGACACUAGCAAUAUUGGCAACAAAAUGCUGCAAGCCAUGGGCUGGAAAGAGGGCUCCGGCCUUGGGCGAAAGAGUCAGGGAAUCACUGCCCCUAUUCAGGCCCAGGUCAGGAUGCGUGGUGCAGGGCUUGGCGCUAAAGGAAGCUCAUAUGGCGCCAACACGUCGGAUUCUUACAAGGAUGCAGUAAGGAAAGCCAUGUUUGCGCGGUUCACAGAGAUGGAAUGAGAAAACGAUGAAGAGGAAAUGCUUGAACUUUCGCCCUCUAGAGGGCAGCAACAGAACUGCAAUUUGCAGUCCAGUACCAUUGUGGCCCCUGAGGGGAAGGAACGGAGGCCCCUGUAAAUAUGUAUAAUAAGACUCUGUACAGUGUAAAUAUGUUUCUGUUUCUAUGUUAAGGUUGUGAGUUUCCUCCACUCAGUAGCGGGAGAGAUUACGUCACUCUUCUACUUGAUGAACUUUGUACAGUUUUGUUUCUCCCUUUUUCCCCAACGAAAUAAAUUUCAAAGCAAAAUCCAAA